CCAGUUGGAUUGUUUAAUCAGGAUAUCAAGCCAAUGAGGGACCAGAUUGUUCGAGUGAAGAGAUAUGAAAAAGUCCCCCUAAUCCUAGUCGGGAACAAAGUGGAUCUGGAAUCUGAGAGGGAGGUCUUAUCUGCAGAAGGCAGAGCUUUGGCUCAGGAGUGGGGCUGUCCUUUCAUGGAAACAUCAGCCAAGAGUAAAACCAUGGUGGAUGAACUGUUUGCCGAGAUCGUUAGGCAAAUGAACUAUGCGUCCCUUCCUGAAAAACAAGAUCAGUGUUGUACAACUUGCAUUGUCCAGUGAGAAAAUAAAGAAAAACCUCAGUCAUGGCCAUACAGAGCAG